AUGGCGACGGCUCUGGCGAUGCUGCGGGACUGGUGCGGCUGGGUGGGUGUGAACGCGCAGCACUGUCUGCUCAUCCUGGGCAUCCCAGACGACUGCGAGGACCAGGAAUUCCGGGAGGCCGUGCAGGCUGCCCUGUGCUCCCUGGGCAGGUACCGAGUGCUGGGCAAAGUCUUCAGGAAGGACUUGGGGCCCAAGGUUGCCCUGGUCGAGUUUGCUGAGGAUUUGAACCGAAGCUUGAUCCCCAGACACAUACCAGGCAAGGGGGGGCCCUGGACUGUGGUCUGCCUGCCCCAGGUCCAUGAUACUGACUCACAGGAUCGACCCAAUUUCCCUGCACAGCCCCAGAGACAAGCAGUGGUUGGCAGGGCGGUAGAGGUGGGGGCCGCUGGGGAGGAGGGAGCCUCAGGUGAGGCGGGAGCUGGAGGUGAGGCAGGAACUGCAGGUGAGGCAGGAGCUGCAGGUAUGGAAGGAGCCACAGGUAUGGAGGGAGCUGCAGGUGAGGCAGGAGCUGCAGAUGAGGCAGGGGCUGCAGGUGAGGAGGGAGCCUCAGGUGAGGAGGGAGCCUCAGGUGAGGAGGGAGCCGCAGGGGAGGCAGGAGCCGCAGAUGAGGAAGGGGCUGCAGGGGAGGCAGGAGCCGCAGAUGAGGAAGGGGCUGCAGGGGAGGCAGGAGCUGCAGAUGAGGAAGGGGCUGCAGGUGAGGCAGGAGCUGCAGAUGAGGAAGGGGCUGCAGGGGAGGAGGGAGCCGCAGGGGAGGCAGGAGCUGCAGAUGAGGAAGGGGCUGCAGGUGAGCCAGGAGCCUCAGGUGAGGAAGGGGCUGCAGGGGAGGCAGGAGCCGCAGAUGAGGAAGGGGCUGCAGGUGAGCCAGGAGCCUCAGGUGAGGCGGGAGCCGCAGGUAUGGAGGGAGCUGCAGGUGAGGUGGGAGCCGCAGGCGAGGCAGGGGCUGCAGAUGGAAUGUCAGACGAGGAGGGAGCUGCAGGUGACACGGGAGUUGCAGGGGUGACAGGAUCUCUGAGUCGGGCAGGGGCUGCAGGCGAGGCGGGGGCUCCAGGUGAGGAAGCCGCUGCGGGCGUGGCAGGCGUCCUGGAUGAGGCAGGGGCCUGGACCCAGCCGUGGAGGCUGGCCUUGCAGUCCGUGCUAGAGAACAUGGGCUACCAGGAGCUGAGAACCUUCUCCGGGAUGGAAGAGCCGGGCCACGGGGAAGAGUCCUUCGAGAGCUGGCUGGACAACGCCAAUGACAUGCUGUACCUGUGGCGCCACGUGUCCGAGAGGGAGAGGAGGCGGAGGCUGCUGGAGAGCUUGGGCGGCCCCGCGCUGGACCUCCUGUGCGGCCUCCUGGAGGAAGAUCCCGACCUGGCUGCCCAGGACUGCCUGGCCGCGCUGGUGCAUGCGUUUGGGAACCAGGGCACCCCGGGGACCGCUCGGCUGAAGUUCGAGACGUGUGCCCAGCGGCCCCAGGAGACCCUCUCUGCGUACGUGAUGCGCCUGGAGGGCCUGCUGCAGGCAGCCCUGGAGAAGGGGGCCAUCCACCCGGCCAUGGCGGACCGGGCGCGCACCCGGCAGGUGCUGAUGCGGGCCCGGCUGAACCGCACGCUCCAGCACAAGCUGAGGAGGCUGCGGCUGGAGAGGAGGCCUCCUGGCUUCGUGGGGAUGCUGUGGCUCAUCCGGGAGACCGAGGCCUGGGAGGCCGGCCCAGCUGCGGGUGAGCAGUUCCCGGGGGAAGGAGAGGCCCGGGCAGAGGUUGGAGACCUGGCAGCCGUCCCAGCCGCCCCGGCCCAUGAAUGGGGUGCCCCGGCCGCCCUGGCCCACGAGGUCAUCACCGAGGGCACCACUGCAGAUGGAACCGAGGCCUCCCCGGCCGGUGCAGAGACCGCGGCCCAGGCUGCCCUUUCCGAGGAAGGUAGCCCCGAGGCCCCCGCAGCCCGUGAAGAGACCAGUGAGGAAGCUGAUGGCAGCGCCGGGGCUGGUGAGGCUGCCCCUGAAGAUCGUGGUGCCACCAGGGCAGCCCCUGCCCCUGGGGAGACCAGCAAGGUCUCUGCUGCCAGUCAGGAAGAUGGAUGUGCCCCCAGCCCUGCGGGCCUAGGUCAGGCAGGACCCUCAGAUGACCCCGGGGCCCCCAUGCCUGCCCAGAUGGGCAGGGCUUCCCCAGUGCCCUCAGGAGGUCCUGGCUGGGAGCCAGAGGGCCUCACCCAGGCAGGAGACCGGGAGGCUGAGGAGCCCCCCGGGGAGGGCUUCAAGCCCACCCCAGAGGAGCUAGGAAGCGAGGACGGGGCUGCAGAGAGGAGCACCCCUGAGUCCUCCUCGGGCCAGUAA